AUGGUGAAGUCGUACCUGCGGUAUGAGCAGGCGGUGGCUUUCGGUGUCAUUGUCUCCGUCGAUUCCAACAUCACAUACAGCAGCUCCGGGAAGCACCUUCUUGCUCCGGCCUUGGAGAAGCCUAGUGGGUAUGCUGAUGGUAAUAUAAGAAUUUGGGAUUCUGACAAAGGAACCUGCGAGACCACAUUGAAUGGACAUAAAGGAGCUGUCACCGCUUUACGCUACAACAAGCUUGGAUCUAUGCUUGCAUCUGGAGGAAAAGAUAAUGACAUUAUAUUAUGGGAUGUGGUUGGUGAGACCGGCCUAUAUCGCCUCCGUGGCCAUCGAGAUCAGGUGACUGACCUCCUUUUCCUGGAUUCUGGUAAAAAACUCGUCAGUUCCUCAAAAGAUAAAUUUUUGAGGGUAUGGGAUCUUGAUACCCAGCACUGCAUGCAGACAAUUAGUGGCCACCAUAGUGAAAUUUGGUCCAUAGACAGUGAUGCAGAAGAAAGAUAUUUGGUCACUGGGUCUUCGGAUCCAGAACUUAGGUUUUACACAAUUAAGCAUGAAGUGAUACAUGAGGAAUCCAUUUCUAAUAUAGGUGAAAAUAAAAUUGUGAAUGAUGGAGAGUCAUCGACCAAAAAUAAAUGGGAAGUUUUGAAACUGUUUGGUGAAGUUCAGCGACAAAGCAAGGAUAGAGUUGCAACUGUGAGAUUCAACAAGUCUGGUAAUUUGUUGGCUUGUCAAGUGGCAGGUAAGACAGUAGAUGUAUUCCAGGUACUAGAUGAGGCUGAAUCAAAGCGUAAGGCAAAACGUAGGCUUCACCGGAAGAAAGAAAAAAAAUCUGCAAAAGGGGCAACUGAGGUGAUGGAAAAUGGCGACACAAAUCACGGAGCUGGAGAAGAUGGAAAUAGUCCUGUGGCUACGGUUCCUGAUGUCUUCAAGCUUCUUCAAACUAUUCGAGCUAGCAAAAAGAUAUGCUCCAUCUCUUUCUGUCCUAACACUCCAAAGAGUUUGCUAGCUACAAUAGCUUUGUCUUUGAACAAUAAUUCAUUGGAAUUUUAUUCGAUUGAAAGCAAAGCAACAACAAAAACACAUGCUAUAGAGCUCCAAGGACACCGGUCUGAUGUCAGAAGUGUUACACUUAGCUCAGACAACACGCUCUUGAUGUCAACUAGUCACAAUGCGGUAAAGAUUUGGAAUCCAAGUACUGGUUCCUGCCUUCGAACUAUUGAUUCUGGAUAUGGCAUGUGUGGUUUUAUCGUUCCUAAUAGCAAGUAUGCACUUGUCGGAACUAAAGGCGGAACAGUGGAAAUUAUUGACAUUGGAAGUGGCACUUGCAUUGAAGUAGUGGAAGCUCAUGGUGGCACUGUUGGCUCCAUUGCAGCCAUUCCUAAUGAAAAUGGUUUUGUCACAGGAAGUGCAGAUCACGAUGUGAAGUUUUGGGAAUACCAAGUUAAACAAAAGUCUCCCCAAGACUCUAAGCACCUAACGGUGUCAAAUGUAAGGACUAUGAAGAUGAAUGAUGAUGUCCUCGUGGUUGCUGUUAGCCCUGAUGCAAAAUAUGUUUUGGUUGCUCUGUUGGACUGCACAGUGAAGGUUUACUAUAUGGAUACAUUGAAACCUUUCCUUUCCUUAUAUGGUCACAAGCUGCCUGUUCUAUGUAUGGAUUUAUCAUCUGAUGGCGAUCUAUUAGUGACUGGAUCUGCUGACAAAAAUUUGAAGAUUUGGGGUUUAGAUUUUGGUGAUUGUCAUAAAUCCAUAUUCGCUCAUGCUGACAGUGUCAUGGCGGUGCAAUUUGUACGAAAUACACAUUACAUGUUUAGUGUCGGGAAAGAUCGCCAAGUCAAAUACUGGGAUGCUGAUAAAUUUGAGUUGCUUUUAACUCUUGAGGGACACCAUGCUGAUGUUUGGUGCCUUGGAAUUAGUAACCGUGGUGAUUUCAUUGUUACGGGAUCUCAUGACCGAUCAAUACGUCGUUGGGAUCGUACUGAAGAGCCCUUUUUUAUCGAGGAAGAGAAAGAGAAAAGGUUGGAAGAGAUGUUUGAGUCUGACCUCGAUAAUGCAUUUGAGAACAAGUAUGCACCCAUGGAAGAAAUUCCUGAAGAGGGAGCUGUGGCCUUAGCAGGGAAGAAAUCAAAAGAAACAAUUACAGCUACUGAUUCAAUUAUUGACGCACUAGAUAUAGCAGAGGUAGAAUUGAAGCGAAUCGCCGAACAUGAGGAGGAGAAAAGCAAGGGGAAAGUUGCUGAGUUACAACCAAAUGUUGUUUUGCUUGGGCUUUCUCCAUCUGAUUAUGUUCUUCGUGCCCUUUCAAAUGUUCAGACAAAUGAUUUGGAACAGACGCUACUGGCUCUAUCAUUCUCAGACGCUUUGAAGCUCUUGUCUUUCUUGAAGGACUGGACUUCAAUCCUGAUAAGAUUGAACUCGUUUGCAGGGUUUGUACAUUCCUGGUGCAGAUACAUUAUAAUCAGUUACUUAGUACGCUGGCGGCCAGACUUGUGUUGUCAGAGUUGGAAGAGAUUUAUCCAAGAGUUAAGGAAUGCAAAGAUACUAUUGGUUACAACAUUGCAGCGAUGGAGCAUAUUAAGCAACUGAGGGCUUUGAAAUCAGGUGGAUUGUUUCAAGAUGCAAAAUCAAAGUUACAGGAAAUUCGUGCGCAGCAUUCUAAGAGUCUAGAAGCAAGGACAGAUACGAGAGAAGAAAA